AAUCAUGUAUUCAUUGCAACACCCACAGAUUGAUGAAAGCUUCUUGGAUGCAAAGUCAGCAGUUGAGGAGGUUGUGAAGAUACUUGAAAGUCUUCAGAAGCCUAAAGAAGAGGAGGAAGAGACUGAAGAAGCCGUUAAAACGAGCAUCAUACCGAAGUCUAUAUCUGAAGAAAACUUUAUCAUAACCGAACGUACCAAUGGAUCGAAUCCUUCGGCGGCAAAGGAACCUUUACAGAAGGAUAAAUCAAAGCGUCCCACCUUCACCCCAGCGGAUAGGCAAAAGGAUAGAUACCCUUUCAUGCGACAGGUGGACAUGAAUCUGGAGGAACGCUCCAAGGCGCGCUUGGAAAGGGAGCGCGUGGCUCAGAACUUUCGAAAAUUGGGAAACGCAGAGUAUCGUCGAGGGAAUUAUGAAACAGCUAUGCAGAUGUACUCCGAAGGCAUUGAAAAUAUCAGGGAUAGUCAUAUCCUUUAUAUAAAUAGAGCUCUUUGCUAUAUCAAAUUGGGUAAAUUCAAGCGAGGCAUCGUGGAUUGCGAUUUCGUUCUAAACAAGCUGGAUGAGAAGAAUCUAAGAGCUUGGCUGUAUCGAGCCAUGGCCUACAAAGGCCUAAACGAUGAGGCCAACUUUGAGACCUGCGUGAAAUAUGCUCGCAAAUUCAAUUCCAAGCAGAUGGAGUUUAUUGAUGAGUUCCUGGAAAAGCUGAACAACGAAAUGUGA